GUUUUGGGGCGUUUAUUGACCGUUGCAUUUAUCAUCGCAAACAACUGAGCGGUGAAUAAAUGAGAGUGGGCGGGCAUUUCCGGUCAUUCUUUUAGUCUCGUCACAUUUCCGAGUAUACAGUCGCGUCUUUUUCUAAGCGCGACGUCGGCGUAGACGUCGUGUGGGAUUUAGCUCGAGCGGGUUCCAGUCGUGCAGCUCCCCGACGGCCGGACGGGCUUGGCGAGUCGCGUGCAGUCGCCGCAAUCAUGCUGAAAUGUCGAAGCGCGUGGGGGAAACUCGCUCCCUUUGCCAGAGGCGCGGCGACGUUGCAGCGGCAAAAUGUCACACGAACAGGUUUGACCAACGGCCGAACGACCGCACGCGUACCUGCGGCUCACAUGGCGACGUGGCCCGCGGGCGGCGGGCAAAACCACUUGUACGUCCUUCUGGUUGGCGCCACCUGCGUCGGUGGAGCAAUAUACGCGUACAGAACUGUUAAAGGAGACCAGCGGAGAUAUCAGGAACGGAUUGCGGAGAUUUCGUCUCGACCGCAUCGGCGCGCCAAAGAAGCCACAGCGGGCCUCCACGCGGAACCUCCUGCCCAAGAGGUCGUCGCGACAGCUGUUGCCGAGUCGGAAGCUCCGGUCGACCCUCCGUCAGAGGAGCCGGAUGCCCGGUCGGCAGCCCCGAGUGAGACGACGCAACCUCCACAAGCAGACGAACCUGCGGCGGAAGAAGCGCCCGCGGAGACGCUCGCUGAGGAGGCCGCAGGACGGGACUCUGCACAGCCGUCGCCCGCCCUCCCGUGGCACGCCCCCUACCUCCUCAUCGGCGGAGGGACCGCCUCCUUCGCCGCCGCCCGGUCCAUCCGAGCCAGGGACCCCGGCGCCCGCGUCCUGAUCGUGACGGACGAGGCCGACCUCCCGUACAUGAGACCGCCUCUGUCCAAAGAGCUGUGGUUCUCCGACGACCCCGCCGUGACGGAUACGCUGCGUUUCAAACAGUGGAACGGGAAAGAACGAAGUAUUUACUUCCAGCCGUCGUCGUUCUACAUCACUCCGGAAGAACUGAGUAAUGCAGAAAAUGGAGGCGUCGCUGUUCUCACAAGCAAAAAGGUUGUCCACAUGGACGUGAGAGGAAAUAAAGUGAAACUGGACGAUGACGCGGAGAUUUCCUACGACAAGUGCUUGAUAGCAACAGGUGGCGUUCCGAGAAACCUGCAGGUCCUGGACCGAGCCGGAGACGAGGUGAAGAGCAGGACGACGUUGUUCCGUAAGAUCGACGACUUCAGAUCCUUAGAUAAAGUCUCCAGAAACAUCAAGUCCAUCACCGUCAUCGGCGGCGGCUUCCUGGGCAGCGAGCUGGCCUGCGCCCUCGGCAGGCGAUCUCAGGAUUCCGGUCUGGAGGUCAUCCAGAUGUUCCCCGAGAAGGGCAACAUGGGCAAAGUUUUGCCCGAAUAUCUCAGCAACUGGACGACGGAAAAAGUCAAAACAGAGGGUGUCAAAGUCAUCUCAGAAGCUUUGGUCAAGUCUGUCACCUGCAAAGAUGAUCAAUUAGAAAUCAAACUAAAGGACGGGCGAUUGGUAAAAACGGAUCACAUCGUCGCGGCUGUCGGCCUGGAGCCAAACGUGGACCUCGCCAAGUCGGCGGGUCUGGAGGUGGACUCGGACUUUGGCGGCUAUCGAGUCAACGCGGAGCUGCAGGCUCGCUCCAACAUUUGGGUGGCGGGAGACGCGGCGUGUUUCUACGACAUCCGGCUGGGCCGCCGACGGGUGGAGCAUCACGACCACGCCGUCGUGAGCGGCAGACUGGCGGGGGAGAACAUGACGGGAGCCAACAAACCUUACUGGCAUCAGUCGAUGUUCUGGAGCGACCUCGGUCCUGACGUGGGUUACGAGGCCAUCGGGAUCGUGGACAGCAGCCUGCCCACUGUGGGGGUCUUUGCGAAGGCCACAGCCAAGGACACCCCGAAAGCUGCCACUGAGAAGUCCGGCACCGGCAUCCGCUCCGAGAGCGAAACCGAGGACGUGGCGUCGAGCGCGGCGGCCCCCCCGACGCCCGCGCCCGCCGUGGCGGCGCCCAAAGACGACUACGGCAAGGGCGUCGUCUUCUACCUGCGCGACAAAGUGGUGGUGGGCAUCAUCCUGUGGAACGUUUUCAACCGGAUGCCCAUCGCGAGAAAGAUCAUCAAGGACGGGGAGGAACACGCAGACCUGAAUGAAGUCGCCAAGCUGUUUAACAUCCACGAGGAUUAGGAUUUUGGACAUUUUGUCAAUUUCGAGCCACGAGUGGCGUCGACGUGAAUUAUUUUCAUAGCACACUUGAAAUUGCAACAAUUCGUCCUCCUGGCCCAGCCUUGAUGCAAACACAAACAAUUUUGUGUCACAAAAUCCCGGGAACAGUUUUGAGUCUUGACAGCAGCUCGCUCGGAGAAAGAAUCCAUUAAAAAGUAUUUUUCAA